GGUCGAUGGCGUUCGGAAUAAAUAAUUUCAAGUGUUUACUUAUUAGCCUUAGCAGUCAAGUAAUCAUGCCUUUGGAAUGGUUGGAACAUACCCCUUGUUGCUACCUGUAAUUCUUCUUAUUGUUGUUUGCUCAAUUCCGAGCACGUCAGGAAGGCCUUUGACAUUUAGAGAUUUCAAUCCAACUGGAUCAUCGCCGAAUAAUACAUUCCGCGAGAUUAAUCUCAGAAAGUCAGCCGACCGAAAUUCGAAUCGCAACUUUCCAGGAGACAUGGCCGACGGAAUAGGAAUCGUUAUCGACGUCGUCUACCGCUUGAAUCAGACUCUUUUGUACGGUGCCUCAAUUCUACGAACAAUCAAAUGGAUGUUCUUCAUUUUCAAAUUCAUUGGCUAAAUGGAAACCCAAUCUUCAUUUUAAGAUCAAUUAUUAAUAUGUUCCGUUUUAAAUGACUAUUCGUUCGUUGUUUCUUAACUCGUGUUCAUCCCUCAAUCCUGACUGAUUUCCGUCGAGGUGGAAAAAUGGUGUUAUCUAGUUGUUGAUAUUCAAGUAAACGAAACAAAGAAAAAGGUAAAGAAAGAUGGCCAUCAGACGUAUGACGGUAUAUACCUGUUCAGGUAGUGGAAAGUUGAAAGAGGGGAAGGGGAUGCGGAAGCCUCGAAGGCAUGUGUUCAACCUCUUUUACUUACCCUGUUCCUCUUUGGGUCAUAUCAUAUGCUGGCGAGUUGUCAUUGUUAGUGGUUUGUGUGGUAUCAUCAGUCAUCGAGACAAAGUGCUGCUGCUGGAGGAUUUCUUGAUAGAUCAUUUGAUUUUAUUGUUAUACUCCUCCAAGAACCACGUUUCCAUGGAAUCGAGUCUGUUACUGCGUAUGAUAUGGAUUGCGCUUGUGCUCGGCAUAGAAUUCAGUUCGAGUGCGGAAGGAGCAAAAUUACGUAAACCGACACCAAUUUCUACGUCAUGGCAGCGCCAGGCAUGUGAGUCGAAAGAGGGUAAAGCAGGACAUUUUACUUGCACUCCAGACGGCCAGCUAGAAUGUUUCGAAGGAUGGAUUGGAGAUUUAUGCAACGUCCCCAUUUGUAAAAAAGGCUGCGACCCCCUAAAUGGCCACUGCAGAGUACCCGGAGAAUGUCGCUGCCGGAUAGGAUUUGCGGGGGAGCACUGCCGCGAUUGCGCCUUGUUACCUGGUUGCGUUCACGGGACGUGCAACAAGAGCUUCGAGUGCGUUUGCAAACCGGGAUGGAACGGCCUCUUUUGUUCUCAAGCCACCUGUAAGGAGAGUUGUCAUAAAAGCCGGGGAUUCUGUGAAAAACCGGGGGAAUGCAGGUGUCGCACGGGAUGGGCUGGUGAAUUUUGCAACGAAUGCCAGACCCUCCCUGGCUGCCACAAUGGAUUUUGCCGAAUUAAUCCUCUCGACUGCAUUUGCUAUCCCGGUUGGACCGGAUUAUUAUGCCAAACACCCAUUUGCAAAAAAGGAUGCAGUGCCGAUCACGGUUAUUGCGAAGUGCCUAAUCAGUGCAGAUGCCGCGUGGGAUGGUGGGGUAGUAACUGCGAUGUCUGCCAUCCUUAUCCUGGCUGCAGGAAUGGUUAUUGUUUAAAGCCAUGGGAGUGCCGCUGUCAACCUCAUUGGACUGGAUUCCUUUGCGACCAAAAAAUAGUCUCGUGCGCUCGCGACAGUUGCCUCAAUGGAGGAACUUGCUUGAUGCUGGAGCCGGAACUAAAUAAUAAAGUGGCCGGCGAACAAGGCAAUAUCACCUGUCUCUGCCCGGCUGCAUAUACCGGCUUACGUUGUGAAGUGGAGCUCAAAUUUCAAGACGAACGGAAAUGGAUAUCACAUCGGUCAAAUCAUACUUCCGUACACCUUACACCUUCUAUGGGCCAUCAGGUGAAUGGAACACUGGAUGCGUCAUCGUCAAAUUUAAACCAAGAAACUGGUUCCGGCUCACCUGACACUCUUGCCGCUGAAGAAAACCGUCCGUGGAAUAACCAAACAGGAGACGUCGAUUGAAGAAAUGCAAUGAAAUCUUUCCAAGUAUCGGUGCAUACACUACAUGUUGUAUUGAGCCCUCAUUGUAAUCACAUCUAUUUAAUAUAAUGUACUGUAUAAUAUACUAUCAUAAUAUGUCAUAAUUCAUAAAUAGCAA